CUAAGUACAACUCGAGAGGUUUCCAGUAACAUUCCGCAAUACCCCUGAGACGAGAUAGUACUCAACACUCGGAUACCCACGAAGUCGACCAUGCAUUGUGACUGUUAAUUGUUAAUUUUCUUUAACUGUUUAAGAGUCAAAAGAUUUAUUUGAACAGCUGAUAUUUUCCUUGUGAUUAUACCUAAGAAGACGGAUAAAGAGACACCACAGGACUUGCACAAAAUAGUAAAAGAAACAUCACAUUUGUGAUAUGCUUAUACUUUUUGUAGUUUUGAUUUAAAAACCGGAGACGUGUCACAGGUAUAAUUAUGCUGUUAGCAGAGAAGAGGAUGUUUGUUUAGAAAUGUGUGUAGCAUGCCCCAUUCAGACGUGAUCGUAGCAGACGAGAAUUCAAGAGCUGAUCACAACAAGCAGACGACACUACAGGAUGGCGAUAAUCAAAGCGUUUCUGUGCUGGUCCAACACGCGGACGGGUAGCGCCGUAUGCGGGUACUACACACUGGUGAUAUCAGUGUUGUGUCUGGCGUUCUACCUGUUCCGGUAUAUAGGACUCGAUGCUAUCAGCACAUCUAUUGAAUUUCGCGGGAUCGUGUACGCUGGUUUCGUGCUGUACUCCCUGAUGAUCGCCGUCUCUUUGGUUGUAUUACCGGGGGUCUACAUGGAUCGCAAAUAUUUAUUGUUGCCGUGGAUAUACGUGUUGGUGGUGACUGUUUUAUACGAAACCGGAGCAGUAGCUUUAUUAACAACAGUACACGUUCAAAAUGAGAAGACACUGAGCACAUGGGAGAUAGUUUCAGUUUGCUUCUACUGUUUUCGUUUAAUAGCCAAUUGCUACUGUUUCGCUUGUGUGGUCUCCCAGUACCAAGAGCUGUCUGAAGGGCGAGGGACAUAUGAAUAUUUAUAUAAACCAAAUCACAGAAUGAGACGAGUUUUCACAUCGAUGUCUGACCUGGACACAUAUAACCCGCCAUACGGAGUCCAGCUUCCUUAUUAUUCUCACGAGGACCCACACAAAGACUGCAGUCCCCCCAACUACGAAACUAUUUCUGUAAGACUGGACGAUUCCUCAGAUAAUAUGUUCUGCACAAAUUCAUCCGCGCUUGUACAGUGUGGCAGCUGUGACGUUAGAGAUGAUGACAUCACGGACAGUACGCCAGGUGUGACAUAUCAAAGAACUACAUACCUAACGUGGAUAUGAUACGUGAUACACAGUACAGAUUUUUUUUAUUAAACAUGGUGUUUAAAGUGAUACCUGAUAUUUAACCAGGAAGUGUCUUACAGAAGAGCAGUUCAUCAACUGAUGUGGAGUUUUCACAACUAAUGCUCUUUGUGUCUUCGCCUAUUUGACCCACAAUAUGGUUGUAAUUGUCAGAUACUGAUAUACGUGUGUAUAGAUAUUCAGUGAUAAUGACAAUGGCAUAAUACAAGUAACAAAAUAUAUUGUGGUAGGUAGGCAAUCAUUAUAAUAUGCAUAAUACAUACCUUGCAUAUGAUGUUGCUAACGUUUCCUGUGCACAAACAGUGACUAUCUGGUAGUUAUACCAUGUAUUAUCACAUCAUUGGUACCGUACCGUAAUUUAUAAUCGGAAUACGUUGCCUUUCAAUACUUAUUUUUAUACCUUUUUGCAUGUAUGCUAGUGUUUUAUUUGCACUAAUAUCGUAUGUAUGUAUGUAUGUAUGUAUGUAUGUAUGUAUGUAUGUUUAUGAUUCAUUGAGUGAAGGUUCGAUAACCGCGAAAAGGUAUGGAAAAUAUAAAAUAAUUGAACACUGAAACUGAAUUGCGGUCCUAAGUCCAGGUUAGGAUAGUUCCAGUUUAAUACUUGUUAAAAAGAAGACUAGUAUUUAAUAUAUUUUAAAAAAAGAAUCAUUUUACUCAGGGAAAAUACCAUACUGUGCUAGUCAUUGGUGAAUACAACCUCAGUACAGCCAGAAAUAUUAAAACAAGUACAUAAA